GACGCGGGCGGUGCCUGCGGCGCCGCGCCCGCGCGCCGCCGCGGGCGCGAGGGCUGGCGCGGCGCUGGCGCUGGCUGCGGCGCUCGCCUCCGGCGCCGUCGGCUUCUGCCCCGCCCCGCCCGGCGGCGGAACUCGCGGGCGGCGGGCGGCGGUGACCCGGAACGCCUUCCCUUGGGAAGGACCCCGAGAGAGUCGCGCCGUCACGUCCGUGAAGAAGUUCUUCCAGGCCUGGAACGAGCGUGACAUGGACGCGGCGUGCGCCCAGUUCUCCGACGACUGCACAUACGUGGACACGCAGUACGACGGGGCCUUCGAGGGGAAGGCGGCCGUGGAGGAGCAUCUGUACAGGGUGGCCGACGCGCUGCCCUCGAGCUUCCGGUUCUGCAUCGACGAGAUCUCCGACGGCGGCGACAAGGUCGGGAUCCAGUGGCACGUAGAGAACAACGGGGAGCCUUUGCCCUUCACUCGCGGCUGUUCCAUGUAUAAGGUCGACCAGGCCACCGGCAAGAUUGUCUCGGGUUUCGACGUUCCUGAGCCCGCUCCGCUCAAGCCUGGUUCAGCAGGGCUGGCCGUGCUCAAUCUGGCCAGCAAGCUGAUCGAAGACCCAGUCCGGGCAAUUCCGCUCUUCGUCGCCGUGGCGUACGUUGCGAUCGUCUUCUUCUCGAACGGAAUCCUCCCGGGCCCAGACGCGACACGGUUCGACCCCGCCACGUGGAAGGAGGUGCUCGACUUGUCCAUCAACUUCUGGCUCAUCAGCCCCCUGCUCGGGCUGCCCUUUGCAGCGAUGCUCCACCCCGGCCUGGAGGGCAUCUUCAACCUCCUGCUCGCGUGGGCCGCCCUCUUCGCCGGCUUCCUCGCAGACGGGCGGCCCGGGCGGCCGUCUGGGAGCAUGCUGCCCACCGUCAUCGGCAUGCAGUUCCUGACCAACGCCUUCUACCUGCCCUACCUCGUGCUUCGCACACCCGAGAAAGAGGGCGCGGUGGUCUACCGCGAGGACCUGGAGCCCACGGAGGCGCUCGUCAGCGAGAGCAGGCUGCUCGGGCCACUGCUGGCCGUCGUCGGCACCGGCGCGGUCUACUGGGGCUUCUUCGCGCGACCGGAGUACGGGGACGUCCCGACGCGGUGGGCGUCCCUCGUGGCCCUCCUCUCGGGCGACCGCCUGGGCUCCAGCUUCGUCGUGGACCUGGCCCUCUUCGCCCUCUUCCAGGGCUGGCUCGUGGACGACGACCUCCGCCGCCGCGGAGCCGCGCCCGGAGACUACGCAGGCCUUGCCGCGUUCGCCAAGUACGUGCCAUUCCUUGGGCUGUGCGGCUACCUGCUGCUGCGGCCCGAGCUGCCGUCGAGGGCCGCCUCUGCCGACCAGAGCGGCGGAGAGCUGGCACUGCUGCAGUGUGAGCUGCCGCGCCGGCGCGCGCGUUCCCAGCGAGUCGGCGUUAUCAACUCGCAUGUUUCUGAACGCGCGCACGCGCUUGUGCGCAAGAGGCCGCGUGUGAACACAUCGUGAUCAUGUCCCAGCGCUGACUCCAAGUAGGAAGACUCUUGACCGUAUACCCCCUCCCUGGUACGCUCCGCGUCCCCGUGGCGCCCCUCCGGCGCCCCCCUCUUUCGCCGGCCGCGCCGCCCCCUGAGCGGCGGCCGCAGUUUUCCCGGAGCUCGCCCGCCCUUGCGGCGGCCGCAGCAGCACCGCAGAGCGGGCCUCGAGUUUUCCCCGCGGCCGCGCGACGACAACCACGGCGCUGGGAGCAGAGCGCGGCGCCGCGGCCGCGGAUAUCACCAGAGGGCUUUGCUUCCGUUUGGGGGAAGAGGGGG